AUGGCCACGCCCACUGGCAACGACGCCAAUCUAACUGGCAAAAGACUCAAUGUCCUCGUUUAUUCUGGUUCGCUCACCCACUCUGCUUGGCAACUCAGCCGUUUUCUGACCAGCAAUGCCUCGCUGGCUACAGGAAACGGAACUACCGUCGACUCGGUCCGCCACUGCCUCUACACGCUGCGCCGCCUGCUCGCUCCCCACUAUGCUGUCAUCCCGGUCACAGGUGAUAUGCUCCUCAAGGAGCCAUGGAUGGCUACCUGUGCCCUGCUGGUGAUCCCCGGGGGCGCGGAUCUGGGGUAUUGUCGUACGCUAAACGGCGCAGGGAACAGGCGCAUUGCGCAAUUCGUGCGCCGAGGCGGAAGAUACUUGGGUCUGUGUGCUGGUGGAUACUAUGGGUGCAAGCGCUGCGAAUUUGAGGUGGGUGAUAAGACGAUGGAGGUUAUUGGGGAUCGGGAACUCGGCUUCUAUCCGGGUACUUGUCGUGGUGGUGCCUUCCCGGGCUUCGUCUACCAUAGCGAAGCAGGGGCACGGGCAGCAGACCUUGUGGUCUCGAAGGAGUCACUGAGCUCUGGCACUGUUCCGGAGCACUUUCGGUCUUACUACAAUGGCGGUGGUGUCUUCGUCGAUGCAUCCAAGUUCGCGGACCAAGGAGUCGAGGUACUGGCCAGUUAUAGCGAGCAACUCAACGUCGACCCGGGAGAUGGUGCCGCAGCUAUUGUGUACUGCAAGGUUGAGGACGGGGCAGCAAUUCUGACGGGGCCACAUCCAGAGUUUGCUGCUGCGAAUCUUGACCCGAAGGCUGCCGAUCCGGAAUUUGCGGGCGUGGUAGAUGCGAUUGCCGCUGAUGACAAGGAGCGAACAGACUUCCUGAAGUCGUGUCUAUCCAAACUGGGCUUGCAGAUCUCCCAAGACACCACGACGGUUCCCUCGCUAUCUUCCUUGCAUAUGUCUGGCUCGGACGCCGAGGGACCCUUGGAGAUUUUGGCAUUGAUGGCAGAUGCCUUGACCCACGAAGGAGAUGUUGAAUAUCUAAAAGACGAAACUGACACUUUCCGCAUCGAGCGACCUGGCACCUGGAACUUGAGUGACUUGGAAGCAUCUCUACCAGUUGAAUCAGCCAAGAAGGACGAAGGAAUCGUGGACUAUCAGGCCAUCAUCAAGCGGCUUGUGAUCCAUGAAGACCUUCCAUCAUCGAAGCUCACACCAUAUUUCAAUCACCAUGCAUUUUACGCCAACCUUCGCCACUACCAGUCUGAAUCCCGUGAAGGAGCCUCGCAGUUUGGGUCCAACCUUCUGUACGGGGAGGUGCUGACCAGCACCAACACGAUUCUGGAGAAAAACACAAAGCUUCUUCGCCGCCUACCGCACGGGUUCACCGCCACGGCAACUGUCCAGGUUGCCGGACGGGGCCGAGGUUCAAACGUCUGGGUCUCUCCUGCUGGCGCGCUGAUGUUUUCGACAAUCGUGCGCCAUCCGAUCGAGAAGAUCCAGUCCGCACCAGUGGUAUUCAUUCAAUAUCUAUCUGCCAUGGCCGUGGUAAAGGGCAUCAAGAGCUACGCCAAGGGAUACGAGAAGAUUCCCGUGAAGAUGAAAUGGCCCAACGACAUUUGUACGAGUUACCUCUUUCCUUCCCCACAUAUCCAUAAAUUAACAAGUACUGCAGAUGCACUCGACCCGGCCGACCCAGAACAAAAAAGCUACACCAAAAUCUGCGGCAUCCUCAUAAACUCCCAUUUUAUGGCAAACGAAUACAUCUCCGUUGUGGGGAUCGGUCUCAACGCCACGAACGCCUCCCCGACAACAGCGUUAACGACACUUGCAUCCCGCUACGCCGGCCCUGCUGCCGUAGCCGCAUCACCUGUGACGCUGGAGAAACUCCUCGCGCGCAUCUUAACCACCUUCGAAGAACUGUACACCCGGUUCCUGCGCACGGGCUUCGACCACGGCUUCGAGACCAUGUACUACGAGGACUGGCUGCACAUGCACCAGAUCGUGACUCUGGAGGAAGAAGGCGGCGCGCGCUCGCAUUCAGGGUAUCACUCGAGAUUAUGGCCUUUUGUUGGCGCAGGAGCUAGGGUGGGGUGA